CUAUCUAUUCUAGGGUUUUAUCCGCAAACACAAGAACCCUCCCUCCCGUCUACCAAUCUCGAAGUGAAGCAGCAGCCAUGAUUAUCCCUGAGAAGAAUCGUAGAGCGAUAUCCAAAUACCUCUUCCAAGAGGGAGUAUGCUAUGCAAAGAAGGAUUACAAUUUGGCUAAGCAUCCAGAUAUCGAUGUGCCAAAUUUGCAGGUGAUUAAGCUUAUGCAAAGCUUCAAAUCGAAGGAAUACGUGCGUGAGACAUUUGCCUGGAUGCAUUACUAUUGGUAUCUCACUAAUGAUGGGAUCGAGUUCUUGAGGACUUACCUGAACCUUCCAUCUGAUAUUGUUCCUGCUACUCUCAAGAAGUCAGCCAAGCCCCUCGGUCGUCCCAUGGGCGGACCUCCCGGCGAUCGCCCACGUGGGCCACCGAGAUUUGAAGGGGACAGACCGAGAUUCGGUGAUAGGGAUGGAUACCGUGGUGGUCCUAGAGGACCUCCUGGGGAAUUUGGUGGUGAGAAGGGUGGAGCUCCGGCGGAUUACCAGCCUGCUUUUAACAGGGGUGAUGGUGGGAGACCUAGCUUUGGUCGUGGAGGUGGUGGUUAUGGUGGCGGUGCUGGUGCACCACCAAGCUCAAGCUUCUCCUAAACUAUUUAUUAGUUCGAGACUCUUAUUUAAAUUUGAGGUUUUCUGUUUUAUGGUUUUUUCUUUGUGAUAUUAUUGGAAUAUUGUUACUACCUUUUUGUCUAGAUAUGAAUGCCAUUUUGCUUUCAUGAUACAUUUGGAUUUGGAUGCUGCUUUCAUGUUUUUAGUACUCC